AUGUCAUUUUUUUUUCUUUUUUACCUUUCACACUUCUUUUUUUCCCUUGUAUCUACUUCAUUCUUUUUUAGUCUUUUUUUCUCCUUGUCACUCAUUCUUUUCCCUUAUUUUUAUACUAUUUCCUCUUUCUCUUUUCACUUUUUUUUCUUCCUCGUUUUCACAUUCUACUACCACUAUUAUAUUCUUCUCUUUUGCCUCGGUCUAAUCCAUGUCUUUUCUUCUUUUACUUUUCCUUCAUUCUCUUCUUUGUCCUUUUCCUACUAUCCUUUCUUUCUCUUUGUUCCCAAUUCUGCAAUAGCUUACCCUUAUGUCUCUUUCUUUUACUUUCUUCGUUCUCUCUCUUUUUAUCUUUUCCCUUAUUUUUCCAUUGUUUCUCUUUUUUUCUUAUUCAUACCCCGAUCUCUGUCUUUCUCUUCCCGUCCUGGUUUUUUCUUAAUUUCCACCAUUUUACCUUUCUUUCUGUUCUUUUAUUUACGGAUCUCCUCUUUUCAUUUGCUUUUUUCCUUAUUCCCUGAUGUCCUUUCUUAUUUCCCUUGUUACCUAUUCCUCUUUUACUCCUUUUUAUUUGACAGUAUUUUUCUUUUCUGUCUCUUUCUUACUUUUACUAUUUGUGUUCACUUUCUUUUUCACUGUUCCAAUUUUAUCAGUUUUCUUUUGAUUCUUUCUUUCUCAUUUUGGCUCUUCUUUUUACCUUACUUAUUUUCUCACUUCCUUCCCCCACCUGAUUUUUUUCGAAAUUUGUUUACUUUAUUUCCAUUGGUUCAUUCUUCCUUUUUUUCUGACUUCUUCUCCCACUGCUACGUUGCAUAUUUUACUUCUUUUCUCUUUCAUCUUUAUUUACGUUUUCCUCUUUCUUUUACUUCUCUUACAUUUACGUCUUUUUCUAUUUUUCCAUGUUCUUUCUCUCUUUUUCUCUCCUCUUCACCCCUUCUUCGUCUUAGUCAAUUCUUCAUUUGCCCCUAUUUAUUUUUUAUUUUUUCUUUCUUUGUCAUUCCUUCUUUCAUUCUCGCCUUUGUUCUUCGUUUUCAUACUUCCCUUCUUUUUCGGAGUUUCUCCCCCGUCUUUUCUUUUUCCACUUGUCUCUUUCUAUUACCUUCUUUUUCCAUGGUUAAUUCCUGUUCUCUUUUCUUUUCAUCUUUCACCCUUUUCCUUUUUCUUAUCUUUUCUUCUGUCUCUUUUUCCAAUUCGUCUUCUUUUCUCUUUCUUAUUUUUCUUUUACUUUUCUUAUAUCUUCUUUGUCUUUAUCUUAUUUACUUGAUCUUUAUUUUCAACAUUUCUUCUUUCUUCUUCUUCUUCUUCUUCUUCUUCUUCUUCUUCUUCUUCUUCUUCUUCACUUACCACUUACUUAAAUCUUUCUUCACCUUUUUCUUAUCUUUUUCAGAUCCAUUUCUAUAUCCUUACUUUUAUCUUUCUUCUCUUUCUUCACUUAAUCAUUCCUUCUUCGUUUCCCUUUUAAUCUCUUUUCCUCAUCUUUUACAUUAA